UAAUACCCGUGGUCGAGCCGUAAAUUUUGUUCUUCCAGCUUCGCUCGACUGCAUCGCCAGCUCGCAUCGUCUCCCUUGUGUCGUGCGACCGCCCUCACUCGCCUCCGACGGCAUCUCUCCACUCCACAGGGCCUCUGUAUCUGUUUUUGUCUCUUCGUCUGGCCGCUCCCGCGAUUCUUCGCCUUUGCGUGGCCUUCUACCGCGCGACGCGUUUUCCACGGCCCGAACCGCUCAGAAGACGUCAAAGGUCUCGCCACUACGAUCCGUACCGCACCAACGCCUAGCGGUCGCCGAGCGCUCUCCUCCUACCCUCGGGACCCGGUGACGAUAGAGUAGAUGCGGAAGUCGCACGUCUGGGCGACAUCCGCGAUCUUACGACAUCCCAAGCCGGCAGGAUGAGUAACCGCCAUCUGCCGGCUGGGCAGAACAUACACCACCAGGGCGGAGGCCCUGGCGGCGUCCCUGGAGCCGACAUGGGCAGCGGCCCCGGAGGCAACCCUCGCAGGAGGCAGCCUCAGUACAUGCCGCAGUAUCAUCAGCAGCACAUGAGCCCCGUCUAUUCCGGCUAUAUGCCAUAUGGCGCGCCGCAAGCAUACUAUGGAAUGCCGCCUCAGUUUCAAAACGGAGGCAUGCCUUCGCCAGGAUACAUGCCACCAUAUCAGGGCUAUCCAGCAAGAUCGCCGCCAAGCAUGCAUCAGUACGUCCCUAUGGUUGGCGUCAGCAUUCCCCCGAGCUAUCCUCGUCCUUCGCAACAACAGUCGCCUAGUCUCUCUACCGCAUAUCAGCCUCCGCCGGCACCGGCCCCAAUACCACCGCAAACUCCUUCAUCUACACAUUCCUCGCAGAUGCUUCCGCCUCCAACUCCCCCCACGCCGCAACAUAUCGAGCAAGCCGUUGUGCCGCCGCCGCCGCCACCGCAAAAACUCGAAAGCCCACCGACCAUCGAACGUCAGCCUUUCCGACCACCUCUACCAUGGUUAUCGCGACCUGAUGCUGAAUUCCCUUCCCGAACUCCCCGGUCUCGGCGACGAAGAAAGCCGUUGAAUGCUGACAGCGCCGCGGUCUCGCUGCCCGCCGACCAACCGCUGAGUGCUGUCGACGAUGUGAAGGUGCCUCCACAAGCCGUGAACGGAGCAGCUUCGCAGGCUUCAUGCGUUGACGUGCAGUCGAGGAACACACCUGACGUCACGGCUACACUAUCAGAAGCAGCCACAGUGACGAAGUCGCCCGUCGCCGCAACUACUCGUUCGGCAACAUCAGCAGUCCCCGUGGUGCCAGCUCUACCGCGACCGACAUCCAAGCCCUCCAGUGCUGAUGGAAAGACGCAAAAUGUCGAGACUCAACCACUCAGCGAGAAUAUCCCCGACAUGACCAACGGUACUGCUCUAGAGCCCAGUGACGCGUCAGAUGCUGGCAACACGCCUAAUUUGACCGCCAGUCCUCCAGUCAAGGCCGCCCCGACCAGCUGGGCAAACCUCUUCGCCAAGUCCGCUUCCAAGGGCAGCUCGGCUUCCCCCACGGUAAACGGAACAUCACAUACGGCUAAUGGCGGCGAAUCUGAAUCGCCUGGGCCCGUUGCGGGUUCAAACUUCUCCAAAUCCAAUGCCGACUCCCUCGCUGAGGCGGUUCGUGCAUACAGCGUUGAGAACGGCGACGAUAUUCCCUUUCUCGAGCCGCGUGGCCUCAUCAACACCGGCAACAUGUGUUAUAUGAACUCUGUUCUUCAAACCCUUAUGUUUUGCGUUCCAUUUCACGACUUCCUAGGUCAGGUCAGCAAGAGAGCUGUCCACAGCUUCAAGAGUGACACCCCACUCAUAAAUGCCAUGAUCAUGUUCAUGCAUGAGUUCAAGUCCCUUGCGUCGGCCUCAUCACCUGAACAGCUCGGACGUACGUUGAAGACCGAGGAUCUUGAGAAGUAUGGCGAGCCUUUCACUCCCGAGUUCGUGUAUGAAGCAAUAAGGCAGCUUUCACGAUUUGCGAGUAUGAGGCGUGGCCACCAACAGGAUGCGGAAGAGUUUCUCGGCUUCCUCCUUCAAUCCCUAGAUGACGAAUUUACCCAGGUCAUGACCAGUCCACAGGUCAAUGACUCUGAGACCGGAUCUGUGGAUUUGACAGCGAGCCAGAGUUCGGCGGAUCCCUCAGGCGACUGGCUUGAGGUCGGCCGCAAGCAACGCGCGGCUGUCACGCGAUCAUCCGGUUCCAACUCGUCUACACCAAUCAGCAAGAUCUUUGGAGGCCUCCUUCGAUCCGAGUUCCGCGUGCCAGGGCUUAAGGACUCUAUUACGACCGAACCAUAUCAGCCGCUCCAGCUCGAUAUUGGGUCACCAGAUGUUCGAAACGUCGUGGACGCCCUUCGGGGCCUGACACGUCCCGAACGCCUCCAGGGCGACUUCAACUCGCCUCGUGGUAAGGAUGUGGUGGCCACGAAGCAAGUGUUCAUCGAGUCGCUGCCGCCAGUGCUCAUCCUACAUCUCAAGCGCUUCCAAUUUGACGCCGAAGGCCACGGCACCAUCAAGAUAUGGAAGAAGGUCGGCUAUCCUCUGGAGCUUGAGAUUCCACGGGAGGCUCUGUCCAGGCAGAAACGUCAGACUAUGGGCGAGGGGGCGAUGCCCAAGUACAAGCUUUUCAGCGUGGUAUAUCAUCACGGUAAGAAUGCAAGCGGCGGCCACUACACCGUAGAUGUUCGCAGGCAAGACGGCCGAGAAUGGAUCCGCAUGGACGAUACUGUUCUCCGCCGCGUACGCAGCGAAGACGUCGCCGAAGGUGGCUCAGAAGAGGAAGUCAAGGAGUCUCGCAAGGAUAACGCAUCGACUGGCACAGCCAACAGAUUUGGUGCCAUGAACGACGAGGACACCGGUGACGAUGACGGUUGGAAGCAGGUCACAGCUUCAGCUGGCGGCAACAAACGCUGGAGCAGUGUUGUCAACGGCACGAACGGAAGCGCAAAAGAGAAGCAAGUCAAGGAGAGCAUCAAGGACAACAAGGUCGCUUAUCUGCUGUUCUAUCAGCGCAUGUAAGGCGACACGCACUUCGAAAAGGAUCUCUACGACGAGCGCUUUGCUGCGUUUGAAGACCUGUGUGGUAACAUCUGGAGCGGAGAAGGUGGAUGUGGCGGUUACGACUGGGAUGCGGAAUCUAAGGCGCGGAAACGGUUAUGAGCAAUGACGAUGGCCUUGGCACCCAAAGGCUCUUGCUUAGGCGCGCUGGUAUCCGCACCCCGAUUGUCGUGUUGUUGAAGGUCUAUCUAGAAAGGAUGGUGAAGCGGUGUGUGCAGACGUCGUUCCGCUCAGCUUGAACUCGGAAACAUCACCGGAGCUCAGCUCACGGAUGACGUCUCGCCAGCCUUGUCGAUAUGCCCACCGCGACAUCUUCCCUGGAAUAGGGGAGGGUUCGGCCGGCUGUACAGUAAGUAUUAUGCAUCUGGAAUAAUGAAAGCGCUGUAAAGCACGAGAUGAAGCAGGUGAACCGUGAGUUGUGGACAGGUCAAUGAGUCUUGAGGGUUGAGACAUUGUCUAUACAUGGUAUGGG